AAGAAAUCCCAAUUGGAAAGCUUGAAGGUGGAACGAAGCCCUAGCUCCUCACAGCCCUCUCUGUGGUUGCGUCGGUUUCCAAAGCCCCAAAGCGAACAAGAAGAAGAAGACGAUGGUGUUCUACUUCAAAGCCCGCCCGGAGGUCGGCGAUUUCACCAUCUUCAUGGGCCUCGACAAGUUCGAGAACGAGGAGCUCAUCAAAUAUGGCUUCCCCGAAGACAUUUGGUUCCAUGUGGAUAAAAUGUCGUCCGCCCAUGUUUAUGUUAGACUGCACAAAGGACAGACCAUUGAUGAUAUAAGUGAAGGUUUACUGGAGGAUUGCGUUCAGCUUGUCAAAGCAAAUUCCAUCCAAGGCAACAAGGUGAACAAUAUUGAUGUGGUUUAUACUCCUUGGUCCAAUUUGAAGAAGACUGCGUCCAUGGAUGUUGGUCAAGUUGGUUUCUACAGUUCAAAGAUGGUCCGAACUGUGAGAGUGGAGAAGAGGAUUAAUGAGAUUGUUAAUAGACUGAACAGGACAAAAGUGGAAAGGAAACCUGAUUUAAAAGCUGAGCGAGAAGCUGUUAACUCCGCAGAAAGAGAUGAGAGAAAGCGGUUUCUGAGGGAGAAGAAACGGCGUGAGGAGUUGGAAAGGCUUGAAAAGGAGAAACAAGCAGAGCUGAGGAGCUAUAAAGGCCUGAUGGUUCAUGAAAAUAUGACAUCCAACAAACAAAUUGCAUCCGCAAACAAGUCAUUGCAGGAAUUGGAAGAGGACUUUAUGUAAUCAUAGCAUUGUCUGUGUUGGGCAAGAGGUUGCUACCUGCUGCCGCCCAUGGAGAAUACAGUUUAUCAUUGAGUUUGUGAGUUGUCCUCACAGUUCUCUUCUUGAGUAAAAUAUGUCAUAAACCUUUUAUUUCUGUUGGUAUUGAUAAGAAAAAGAGAAAAUGCAAAAAAACCGAGGGAGAAAAAGAAUUGUUUUAUGGGUUAGUGUUGGUUAGGGUGAAAUCUCUUUCUUGUCACCGCAUGUUGUACGUGGAUCAUGAUGAUAAUGAUACACAAAAUUAAAACAUCACCCUGGAUAAUGGGAGAUACAUUUGUUGUUUUGUCGUCCAA